CCCCCCCCACCAAAGAUUCAGAUCAAAGAAGAGAACCAGACUCGAGUCAAUGUUUUACUGAAUAACGCAAGACUCAAGAGAUUAAACUGAGUCAGUCACUUGCACCACCACUCACUUCUUGUAGUGUGUGUUGCGUGUGUGUGUUUUUCUUGGGAGUUUCAGUUUUCAAAUCACAAUUUGAACCACAGAAAUGUUGGUCCAAGAUCGCAUUGUUCCUCCCUCUGAUGCUCCAAAGCUCCACAAUCAUCAAUCUAGAAGCAAGCCCUUUUCGAUUCCUUCCAAGAAUCUUGAUUUCUCAACAUGGGCUUCGGAGAAUCUGUACAAAAUUCUAACAAUUCUGCUUCUCAUCACCACCGUCGCGGCCUUAUUCUUCCUCCGGAACUACUCCACUGCCGGCGGCGAUGCGGCGGCGCUGCUCUGCAUCCAGUCCACUCAGUCGCAUACAAUCCACCCCAAGUUUCCACAGAUUAAUUGGAAUUCUAUCAACCGCAUUGUUGAUAAAUCAACUCCGUUUUCCAGCUUUCGAUCGGAGAAAUGGAUCGUUGUUUCUGUUUCGGAUUACCCCUCUGAGUCUCUGAAGAAAAUGACUAAAAUUAAAGGGUGGCAAGUGCUUGCGAUUGGGAAUUCUAAGACUCCAAAAGACUGGAAUUUGAAAGGUGCUAUUUAUCUAUCGUUGGACAUGCAAGCUCAAUUGGGGUUUAGGGUGGUUGAUUACUUGCCUUAUGAUUCAUAUGUUCGAAAAACUGUUGGGUAUUUAUUUGCCAUACAGCAUGGUGCACAAAAGAUCUAUGACGUUGACGAUCGAGGUGAUGUGAUUGAUAAUGAUAUAGGGAAACAUUUCGAUGUCGAGUUGAUUGGCGAGGGUGCUAGACAAGAGGUUAUUUUGCAAUAUAGUCAUGAGAAUCCCAAUAGGACAGUUGUGAACCCUUAUAUACAUUUUGGACAGCGGUCUGUUUGGCCAAGGGGAUUACCCUUGGAAAAGGUGGGUGACAUUGGACAUGAGGAGUUCUACACUGAGGUCUUUGGUGGGAAACAGUUUAUACAGCAAGGGAUUUCCAAUGGGCUACCUGAUGUGGAUUCAGUAUUUUACUUUACAAGGAAAGCUGCGCAUGAAGCAUUUGACAUCAGGUUUGAUGAUCGUGCCCCUAAAGUGGCAUUACCUCAGGGUACAAUGGUGCCCGUCAAUUCAUUCAACACAAUUUUUCAUUCAUCUGCCUUCUGGGGCCUUAUGCUUCCUGUCUCAGUUAGUACAAUGGCUUCCGAUGUCUUGAGGGGGUAUUGGGCACAGAGACUUUUGUGGGAAGUUGGCGGAUAUGUUGUGGUGUAUCCUCCCACCGCACAUCGGUAUGACAGAGUUGAAGCAUAUCCUUUUUCAGAAGAGAAAGAUCUUCAUGUAAAUGUGGGUCGUCUUGUUAACUUCUUGGUGGCAUGGAGAUCCAAUAAGCAUAGGUUGUUUGAGAAAAUUUUGGAAUUGAGCUAUGUGAUGGCUGAGGAAGGAUUUUGGACAGAAAAGGAUCUGCAGUUUACUGCUGCUUGGCUUCAAGAUCUGCUUGCUGUUGGUUACCAGCAGCCUCGCCUUAUGUCUCUUGAAUUAGACAGGCCAAGGGCAAAUAUUGGUCAUGGCGAUCGGAAGGAGUUUGUACCACAGAAGUUGCCAUCUGUGCAUCUUGGAGUUAAGGAAGUAGGAACGGUGAAUUAUGAAAUCGGGAACUUGAUACGGUGGAGGAAGAAUUUUGGAAACGUGGUGCUUAUAAUGUUCUGCUCUGGAUCUGUGGAACGCACUGCACUAGAAUGGAGGUUACUCUAUGGCAGGAUAUUUAAGACGGUUAUUAUAUUAUCUGGGGAGAAAAAUGUUGAUCUUGCAGUGGAAGAAGGGCAGUUGGACUACAUUUACAAGUAUUUGCCAAAAUAUUUUGAUAGAUACAGCAGCGCAGAUGGCUUUCUAUUUCUUCAGGAUGAUACUGUUCUUAAUUACUGGAAUUUGCUCCAAGCUGACAAGUCUAAGCUAUGGAUCACGGAUAAGGUAUCCAAGUCUUGGACGAGCGUCUCAGUUGCUGGAAACUCCGAUUGGUUCGUGAAGCAAGCAGAUAUGGUGAAGAAAGUGGUUGCCACAAUGCCGGCCCAUUUUCAAGUCAAUUACAAAGAAAGUGUUAAAGACCAGCAGAGCCUUACGAUAUGCAAUUCAGAGGUAUUCUAUGUGCCUCGACAUUUCGUACCUGACUUUGUCGAUCUUGUGAACUUAGUGGGCGGUCUAGAUAUCCAUCACAAAGUUGCAAUACCUAUGUUCUUUCUGGCAAUGGACUCUCCUCAAAAUUUUGACUCUGUCUUCAAUUCAAUGAGAUACAAGCAAAAGCUGCAGAGCAAUUCUACAUCAUUUUAUUCUGCUGAAGUACCUGCAAUUCACCCCUGGAAUGUUUCGAGCGAGCAAGACUUCAUUAGGCUAAUCAGAAUCAUGGCAGCAGGUGAUCCCCUAUUGAUGGAGUUAGUUUGAUGUAAAAAACAAAGACAGCUCAAGUCCUAAGACCUCAAAAGGGGGAGUUAGAAACAUAUAUACUGCAACUUUUUGUUUGUACUAUUCUUUCAGAGGAUGGCAUUCCUUUCUAGAUUUUUUUUUCCCCUCCUUUUCUUCAUCCUUUUCCUGUUUUGGUAAUACUGUUUACUGAUUGUAGAUCCUGCACAGAAACAAAAUGUGGAGAAGUAUCUUUUGUUCCUUUUUCCCCUUUAGCAGCUUGAACAUGCCAAGUCUUUAUUGACAUUGUAAUUUGUACAUUCAUAUGACAUUUUUGCUGCUAAAAUAUCUGUAUUUUGUUUCA